CGGGGCGGGCUUGUUGUGUGUGUUUCUGUGCUGUGCUGAGGUGUUACCAAUUUUUCUUGGGCCAGCGGAAAUUGUAUAAUAAUUGGACGAAAAAAUUGACCUGGACCCGAUUCGCAAUUGUGUCAGUUCUAGAAAAAAAAUGCUGCAGCGGCGGAAAGCCACUGUCAGCUCUCGAUUUGGCAGCACCAGACAUUGCUCAGUCCCAGCCAUUCCCAGGCGGACGGCGGCUAAGUGAAGUGGAAACAAUGGCAGCGGCCAUGCAGAUUGCAGGACCUUCGCGCAGCAAUGGCGGUGGCCUGGCAAUGACAAUGACCGUGAAUAGUGGCGUUGCUGUCAAUCAAUACGAGGAGAAUGCCGAGCACUUGCGCCAGCUGUUCAGCCGGAGCAAGCUGGUAUCCUUUAGCAUUGCCCAAAUCGCGUGCAGUGCCGGCAGCAGCAGCGGUGACAACUACAUGUCCGUGGUAAAGCGGGUGACCAUCACGGAGGAUACGAAUUCGGAGGAGGGAUUGAGGGAAAUAGUUACCGUUAUCGUAAAGCGCCAGAUUGCGAGCCUCUCGCGCCGGCAGCUUUACCGUUGCGAGGAGGCCUUCAGCAACGAGAUCAACGCCUAUCGACACCUGGCGCCCCUCCUCGCCGCCUACAGCCGGCAGCAGCUGUUCCCGGUGUGCCACAUCGCCGAGUGUAAUGAUCGUCGGAAUCCGGAUAGAGGCGACCCCAUAAUUGUCCUGCAGGACCUCAAGGCCUUGGGAUUCCGAAUGAAGGAUCGACUGGUGGGCUUGGAGCUGCGACACUGUCUCCUGGUGAUGAAGAAAUUGGCCCAACUGCACGCCGCCUCCCUGGCCGCCCAGGAACUGGAGUCCCUGCACUUUUCUGCCGAGGUCGAGCACCUCCAGGAGAUCGUUUACUGCGAGGAGGCGGCCGAGUUCUAUACCACCAUAUUGGAUACUUCGGUGCAGCAGGCCCUGGAGAGUUUGGAUGGAUCCAAUUCCGACGGUAGCCUGACCACGCCUAUCCGCUUGCUCAACCAGCUGCGACCCAAUUUGUUUGGAAAACUGCAGCGCGAGAUUAAUGCCACGGCAAGGACACCAUUUAGUGUGAUCUGUCAUGGGGACUUGUGGGUGAACAACAUCAUGUUCCGCUCGGAACCGGAAGAAGUGAUCUUUUUUGACCUGCAAGCGAUGCGUAGGACCUCUCCCGUGUUCGAUAUACUUCACUUCAUAUACACCAGCACGCGCAGGGAACUCAGGGAUGUUCACACAGACACGCUGUUGGCCGCUUACUCCGAGGCCUUGGGUCUGGAGCUGAUGCACCAACUGGAGGGCAGUCCGGCUGCCGAGCGGCUGCAGGAGCUUAGCGAAGUGUUCUCUCUGCAGCGCCUCAGUGCAGAGUAUGUGCGUCAGGUGCAUUAUGGUCUGGCUAUCGGCAUGUGGAUCCUACCGGCCGUCACCUUUGAUCCAAACAAUCUGCCCAAUUUGGACGUGAUGAGCGAGCUCAAUCUCACCGGUAAGGAGGAAAUCAAAUGCACCCAGACCCUCACAUCCGAGUACCAUCUGCGCGUCCGGGAGCUGGUGAUGGAAUUCUACGAUCUGGGCUAUCUCCACAUGGAUUAGUGAACCUUUAAAGAGUAUUCAUAGUCAUGUAGUAUUAGGAUUUAACUCUCUCUCGAUAAAUAUAGA